GAAGCCGCUCCUCUCAGCCUGCAGGCGGGAAACGUUCCCGCGGGCGCGCUCGGGGUGGGCGGGACUGCUUCCCGCACUGCGCUUCGUUCCCCUCGCGCGCCGCGGGCCCGGGCUGCGACGGGCGUGUCGCCCGCUCCUUCCGCGAAGGGGAAGUGGGCCGGCCGGAUGCACGGGACGCGGAGGGUGACUUCGCGCGCUUCUCUGGUCUUUCCAGAUCUCGGUUGCUUUCUGGGGGUCGAGCGCCUGUAAGCUCUGGGGGUCUGUGACGUCCCGCGCGCGCCCUCGCCAAGCCGUGUCGGAGGGUCCCGCGUUCCAGCUGCGGCGCCCUUCCCAUCAGGUGGCGAGUGGCGGCCGGGCGGGCUUGCUGCGCCAGGCCUCUGUGUCCCGCGGAGAAGCCAGCAGUCAUUGUGUAACGCUGGACUGGGAAUCAGAAGACCUGGUUUCUAAUCCCUGUUCUGUCACUAAAGAGCUGUGUGAUCUUUGAAGCUUAAGUGAAAAUGGUACAUGUUAGAAGACGUGAAACAAGGAGUAAUUCUAAAACUCAAGAGCAUGAACAGAAAUCUCGAGUGGAUUGGAGGCGGACUAAAAGAAGUAGUCUCUUGCAAUUAUGUGAGAGUGAUGACGAGCUUGAGAGUGGUGACGAGCUUGAGAGUGAUGAAAGUGCUGACAGUAAUGAAAGUGUUGACAGUGAUGAAGAUCCAGACAGUAACAAGGGGCCUGAUUGCAUUAAGAAGCCAGAAAAUGAAAACGAGCUUAAAUUAAUUAAUGUUGAAGGUGAAGGAAACAACAGUAAGCAUCUCAUUAACACUGACAACAGUUCAAUAUAUGAAGAAGAAAAGAACAAAACUAAACAUGGAAGUAUUGACUUAGCAGAUCAUGAAAAGGGUUCAGGUCAAGAGGAGGGUGAUCUCAACAAACACACUGGACAAAUAACAGAGGAGGAUUUAGAAGAAGAACACAUCAAGCGAGGGAAGAGGAGAAGGAUCUCUUCUGUGAUGUGUGACAGUGAUGAGAGUGAUGACAGUGAUAUCCUAGUUAGCAAAGUGGGUGUUAAACGUCCACGUAGAGUGGUUGAAGACGAAUGUUCUUCAGUGGAGAUGGAGCAAAAAAAUCCUGAAAGAACUUCAGCCACAAGAAAGCGAGAACAGCUGCAGAAACUGAAAGAACUCUCAAAACAGAGAUCUCGUCAGAGACGUGAUAGUAGUAGAGAGUUUGAGGACUCUGAAAAGAAAUCCUCCCCCAGCAGUGAUGAAAAUGAUGUUGAGGAGGAAGAGGAAGAAGACAAUGAUUAUGAAUCUGGUGAAGAUGGAGAUAAUUAUAUUAUUGAUGGCUUUGUAGUACAAGAUGAGGAGGGUGAUGAAGAAAAUAAAAGCCAACAAGGAGAACAAUUGACUACCUCGCAACUGAAAUUAGUAAAACAGAAUUCUCUUUAUUCUUUUAGUGACCACUAUACUCACUUUGAAAGAGUUGUGAAGGCUCUUCUGAUCAAUGCUCUAGAUGAAUGUUUUCUGGGAACAUUAUAUGAUGGCACCAGGCAGAAAUCGUAUGCACAAGAUAUGUUGACUUCUCUUCAUUAUUUGGAUAACCGCUUUGUUCAGCCUCGUUUAGAGAGUUUAGUCUCUAGAAGUCGUUGGAAAGAGCAAUACAAGGAGCGAGUAGAAAAUUAUUCUAGUGUAAGUAUCCAACCGAAGAAUCCUGAGAACUGUUGCUGCCAGGCUUGUGGACUGCAUCGCCACUGUACAUACUCAGUGCGUUUAUCAGGAAAGUUGUAUAAUACCAGGACCAUGGAGACAGAUGAUUUCAUGUCACACGAUAAACAGGUGUUUACUGUUGGCAGAAUUUGUGCUGAGCGAACCAGAAUUUACCAUAAACUGAAACAUUUUAAAUUUGAGCUGUACCAAGAGUGUUGCUCCAUUGCAAAGACAGAAGAGGUUGAGGAUGAACAGGUUAAAGAAACAGUGAAAAGAAUUUUCAAUCAGUCAAGAAACAGUGGCUGGAUUAGAGAGAACAGUUCUUGUGACCUGAGAGUGAAGAAGCCUCUGAUGCCAGUCUGAGGAAAGGAUCUCGGCUGCCAGUUCUAAUACCACCCACAUCCUCUUCUUGAGGACAUGGGACUGAGCAGUGAGCACUCUAACUGAAGAUCAAGGGGAAUGCAGAGGUCUCAGGCCACGGCACUGAUUUUGAUUCCCCCAUAUCCUGUUGAUCACUAAAUUUGAUACCAAGGAUAAAGUGGGGAUUUUGAAGAGUGCACUGGAUUCCCGAAGAUCUGCUGGCAGCUCAUAAGCUCUGGUCUACUUACAGAGCUUUUAGAAUUGUUAUGGUACAUGGAAAGAAUGCAAGGAUGCUAACAUGAUUGCAGUCUUCUAAAGCAAGUCUAGUUACAUGACUGUAUAAGAGAGAACAGAUAGGAGAUUUUCAGGUAUCAACUCAGAUAGGAGUUGAUACUCAGAUCAACAGUAUAUUUAAUCUUAAAAGCCUGGGUUAUUUAUAUCAUAGGGAAAUUUGUAAAAGAGGAAAAUAAAAAGAGCUUAGAGAGUCAACUUAUGAGCCAAGGGAAAGAAAAGGAGAACAAACAGAACAGGAACGUCUCAGGGUGUGACAUGUCCCACGGGGGUGUCCUGGGCCGGGGAGUGACAUCACGGCUGGUCUCCCUUUUGACAUUACCCACCCACCACAAACCACCAGCGGGGAUCUCCUUGCCUGCUCCCCACAUCGUGACCCUUCAGUCGUCUUGUUUUCAUUUUACUCUCUUCAGCUUUGUAUCUUUUACUUUGCUUCCAGUUCUCUCACUCACAGUUCUUUCCUCCCUGUCCUUCUCUGUGCUUUUUCAUUUGCUGUGGGGAAGAGCCAUCACUUAUCCAGUAAGUCCCAACUUCUUUUUCCUCAGUGACAUGAAAUUCUUCAGUGCAUUUAUUGAUGCAUUGAACUGUUACCAACCCUCUAGUGGAGUUAAAAGACCUUUUGGGACACCAAUUAAAAGAAUUAUGUACUAGGUGUAGCAAAAUCACUCUGCAUUGUAUAUACUAUACAAUAAUUUUAUAUAUGGCAAAGAACAUUAAACUUCUUACAGAAAAAAGUAAAAGCAUUUCCAAAUCAUGUACCUUAGAGAAAGCUUAACAAAGUUUGUGACAACAGAAGGGACCUGCAAGAAGAAAAAGAUUCUUAAGAAAGCCAAGAGUCACAUUAUGCUUAAAAAAAUAACACAGCAUUGGGCAUUGAAAGUAUUUCAGGAUGGUGCAUAUUUAGGACAACAUGCAUAUUUUUUCACAUAAAAUACCAAAGAACUUCAUUUUCUUUUUGAGAGCCCUCCUACUUUAAAAAUAUUUGUCAGUAGAUAUUCUCAAAAGAUUUCCUGGAAACCAAACAAGUUUAUUAGCCAAUGUCAGCCCAUAGGUAGCUUUUUGUGCAAUGAUUAAAUUGCAGAAUUUAUCAGAUGCCCUGGUAUUUCUCCACAUCACUCCGCCUCCCUGUCAGAGUGUGUUUGCCUUUGAGUAGUAGCACUGCCUGUGCUCUUGUGAUGCACGCCUUCCUCUUGGCCACAGCUAUCCUAAACCUUGAGAAUACCUGGGCUCUGUGCUCCUUGAGUGGCGCAUCCAUGGCUCUUUCUGCCCUUAGCGCUCAGUUAUCAUGUGAGCCUCCUCUCUCACACUGUAUAAACUCUGUUCCUGUCUGUCCCCCCCAGCUUACGUUUCACACCUUGCUUUUUCCCUUACCUGCCUCUUCUUCCUCCAAGCAUUUUUCUUCCAUUAUCUUGGGAUCUCUCAGAAUUUCUUCCCAAAGACCUGCCAACUAGAAUGACUUCAUUCUUCUUAUACUUCCUCCUAACAGUUGAACUAGGAGAUCUGAUUUUAACCUAAUGAUAUUAAAAGGAUAGGAGCAAUUCAAGUGUAAGAAAAGAACAAAUGAUAAGAAAAUUAUGAUAAAAUCAAAAUAUAUAACAUAUAAUAGUAAUACAUGCCUCAUUCUAAAUUGGAAGUGAAGAACAUAAUGUCAUAUGCCACUGGCAAAUGCUGACAAACGAUUUUUCUUUGAGAGUACCUUUGAUGGUGGGACUUCCAGGGCAGUUGAAGACAGGAUUGUUGGGAUAGGGUAGUGAACACAUAACACCAGGAAGUGAAAAAAGUAUGUCCACAGGAACAUCAGGUCUCAGUCCCUAUCACCAUAAUCGUCAGAGUUAUCAACAUCGUCUCUCCUUUUAUUGGAAGCAGAAGCAGAGCUCAUAAGGAGAGUUAAGAAACCAUUAGGUCAGUUCAUCUCCUCAGCGGAAGGAAGCACUUGAACUCUGUCAACCUUGAAAUCUCCAAACUGUCCCAGCUCCUCUCUCCUCUUGUCCGGCCCUGGUCUUUACUCUCCAUCGUCAUUGCUGUCACUCAGAUUUAGGCCUUCAUUACCUAAAUUAUUAUAGUAGACUCAUGACUAGCUUCCAAACCAUUCUAGACUGGAUGUUUUACCCUUUAAAAAAAAAAAAUAUAUAUAUAUAUAUAUACACAUAUAUAUAUAUACCUCAGAUUGUGUCAAUUUCCUGCCCUAACACCUUUGGCAGCUUUCCAUUGCCUGUCACAUUAUUGCUAAACUCUAUGACCUAACAUUUCAUACUUUUUAUUCUCUGACCACCUCUUUGGUUCAGUCUUCUCUCUCAGUUCCCCUGGAAAACCUGAGACUGCAGUCAAACUCCGUACUUUUCUGUCUUGUCACUGUUUUAUGGACUUCUGUCUCCUAGAGAAAACUUUCCACCAGAUCGUCACCUACCAAGUCUUUUUCCCUAGGAUAGCUCAAAUGCCAGUCUUCCUGGUCACCUCAGCUAACCAUAACCCCUCUUCCGAACCCUCAUAGCAGUGUCUAUACUUCUUUAUGCCCCUUGUUAUUGGUUGUCAUUGGUGAACUCUGUUCUCCUUAGAGGCAGGGAAAGCAAUGGAAAGGGCAUGGCAAUCCACUCCAGUAUUUAUUCUUCCCUGGAAAAUCCCAUGGAUGGAGGAGCCUGGCGGGCUACAGUCCAUAGGGCUGCAAAGAGUCAGACAUGACUGAAGCAACUUAGCAUGCAUGCAUGCAUUAGCGAAGUAUUUGAUAUAUGUUAUGUGUUAAACAAAUUUUUAUUGAAUAAGUUAUUGAAGUUUUACACUUCUACUACAAAUAUAAUAGAAAACUUAUAAUUUAUCAGACAGUUAUGAAGUUAAUAACAAUGUUCAUUUUGAUCUCUUACCAAUGCUUUCUGUGAAUUAGAAAUGCUUAUUUGAAAUUGAGUCCCUGUUUAUAAUAAAAAGAUAUUUGUUCAUGAUUGCCAUGAGAUAAACUUGUUACUAUUUGUCUGUAGAUUCAAAAGGCCUAGUUUAUCUUCACUGCUUUGAGUAAAAUAACUAGCUUUUUUAUU